AGUGUGUGGACCUCUCUAACAAUUUUAGGACACACAAUGAGCGUGAGCCAUGACUGGACAGGUGACCUGGGAUAACACAAGCCGCGUGUUCAGCAUGGAGCCGACAGCUGGCUGCUCCCCGACAAUCCCGGAGCGCGAAUUGUACCGCAGCGUCCAAGCGGUUUUGCCCAGAGAAACCGACAACCUGCAUUCUCCCGACUGUCUCAACAAAGGCAUGCUGAGAUGGACUCUUCACAAGAAGGUGCAGGACAAUCCGGCCAACAGCGUGUCUCUGCUUUGGGUUCUGAUAAAAGAGCUGGAAAAGGCGGAGAGGUGGGACAAUCGUGAAUACAUCAUCCCUCUGCUCCACACACUCAUGUAUGCCAUCAUUCAGACAGCCUACAUCCCAGAUGAGCUCUACAAACGUGUUUAUGACGUCUGUAAGCGACUGCUGACCUACCCUCAGCCCUAUUGCACCGUCGGCCUUAGCUACACCAGGCAGAUAAAAACUGAACGCUCCAUCCCAGGUCUACUCUAUCAGAGGAUGCUGGUCGCAGAGCAAAGACUGAAUAAUGAACAUUAUCCCUUUCAAGAGAGGGUUUUUGUUCUGGCCGACCCUGAGGUCUUUUCUGGCUCUGUGGCACAAGUUGUGAUGGAUGACAUUGAGGCAGCAAUGGCUUCUGUUUCAAAUCCAACAGCUCACAUGUGCAAUGUGGUCCAACAUUCCAUCCAGGCUGCUUUAGGAGAGCAGUGCCACGGACCCAAACUGACCAAGACCCUUAAGGAUAUGGAUGUCGAACCUUAUUUUCAGGAUGUGUUGGCGACUCUAGAGCAGUGUGUCAAAGAGGACCUCGGUGAGGUGGGGGAAACACUGAGGAGCCGUCUUCAGCAGCUUCAGAGUGAAAUUGUCACAGGUGCGGCCUCAGAGCCUACUUCCGUUGGACCUCUUUCUGACUGCCCUCUUCCUAACCCUGAGAUGAGCUUCCACCUGUGGACAGAGGAUCUGGAUAUCUGGCGAGAGGUGGCCAAGUGUCUGCGAUCCAGCUCCACAACGGAGAAUUUCUCCCUCAGCUCGGAUCACGAGGACCCCGAGUUGGGCGACUCGCCCGGCGAACUAAUGCCACACGACCAGACUCGCUUCUCGGUCAUAUCCAACGACAGUGGCAUUGAAAGAGACCUACAUCCCGGCGGCGAUACAUCGCUCGAUUCCGUCAAUGUCAGCGCAUCGUGGGAAGCCUGCAAAAGCGAGCAAGAGUCGAUCAGGUUGUCCCGCCGUGGAGGCAUGAAGGUGAAACCGUCCGUGAAGGACAGCGUGGUGCUCAUGCAGGACACCCUGGAAGGUCACGCCAGUCUGUGGACAGGAGGACUCGGGGGCAGGGAAGGAGGAAGGCAGGUCACGCUGCAAAGGCGAGCAGGAAGCAGUGCAACUCAGAACCCCUUCCCCAAGCAGCAAAGACACUUUACCGCAAGGAUCGUGGUCAUGGGGAGUGAUAGUGUAGUGGGCCGCCUGGCUAAAGCCUACUACUGCUUAAGGAAAAGGGAAGCACGGAGACUUUUUCUUACUACAAAAGUCAACCUGCAGUUUUAUUACAUUCCCGUUGAUGCAGUGUCAACUGUCACCUCCUCUGGCAAGGAGAACCAUCAGUCCGAGCAGAGUUCCUGCACCCUCGGAUCCUACCUGAGCAGGGUUGACCCGUGGUACAACUGCAACAUCAACGGUUUGGGCUGCAUGAUCCCCAAACUGGCUAAAAUGCAACAAACAACGCCAGCAAAGCCCAAAGAGCCAUUUGUGUCUGAUGUCAUUUCUUACUACAUACGUAUGGGCCAACAGCCGGUCUACUUCAACAUCUACUGCGUAAAGAUCACCUUUACAACCAUGACAAAAGAACCAGUGGAGGAUGUCUUCCUCACCCAUUUGGAUGUGGAUGUUCCUGAACUCCGACCCUCCAUGGCUCCAAUGAGAGAGAAGCAGAAGAAGAGUGUAGCAGAUGUAUGCGGGGUCCUUGUCUGCAUCAAUUACAAAAAAGUGAUACUCAGUGGUCGUGACGUCGACAGAGGGAUGCCAGUAAGGACAACUAGCGUUCGCAUCAGUGCUAUGCCUUCCAAUGCAACAGAAGAUCUGAACUGUUUGACACUUACCUGGAAGGAGGCGUCCGCAAAACCUAAAAACAACAAUACGGAGUCCAAAAUCCGGAGCAACAACAUCAGGAUUUGUUCGCUAGAGAGUCGAUCAUGGCUCCGAGUUACAAUAGACAGAGAUUCAAAAAGGACCUACAACAAUGUGCAAAGCAUUGAAAUUGCAUCCUGCCUUGACCCUGGAUACUGCGUCCAAAAAUACAUGAUGUCCAAAUUAAACCUCGGCGAGGACAAAGAGGCUGGACUGAGCAAGUACAUGAGCAAAGGACUUCCUCUACCUGUCAACACGUUUGCUGGCAUCAUCAGCUGACUUCUGCACGAGAACACCCUUAACCCUGUGUGCCUCCACACAUGCAAACAUUCUGCAUCUGAAGGCUUAAUGCAACAAUUAGUCCUGAAAAAAUGACUGAACUGUGCUGAACCGCAAGUAAAACUGACACAACUAAUAUUAUUAUUACUGAGAAACGUGACUUAAAUGACACAACCUUUGUUUAUAGAAUUGCACUUAUGCCUCAAACCACCCGAACCUCAUUUUCUCUUCAGGCUUUCUUGCUGGAAGUGUCUUGGGUGUGUGUGUGUGUGUGUGUGUGUGUGUGUGUGUGUGUGUGUGUGUGUGUGUGUGUGUGUGUGUGUGUGUGUGUGUGUGUGUGUAUGUGUGUGUGUCUGUGUGUGUCUGUGUGUGUUCUGGCAAUGCUUACUUAAAGGCCUAUUGAAAUGCGAUUUUCUCAUUUAAACGGGGAUAGCAGGUCCAUUCUAUGUGUCAUAUUUGAUCAUUUCGCGAUAUUGCCAUAUUUUUGCUGAAAGGAUUUAGUAGAGAACAUCGACAAUAAAGUUCGCAACUUUUGGUCGCUGAUAAAAAAGCCUUGCCUGUACCGGAAGUAGCGUGACGUCACAGGUUGUGGAGCUCCUCACAUCUGCACAUUGUUUACAAUCAUGGCCACCAGCGGCGAGAGCGAUUCGGACCCAGAAAGCGACGAUUUCCCCAUUAAUUUGAGCGAGGAUGAAAGAUUCGUGCAGUAGGAAAGUGAGAGUGAAGGACUAGAGGGCAGUGGGAGCGAUUCAGAUAGGGAAGAUGCUGUGAGAGGCGGGUGGGACCUGAUAUUCAGCUGGGAAUGACUAAAACAGUAAAUAAACACAAUACA